AUGCCUGCCGUGAGGGGAGAUGGUAUGCGAGGACUCGCAGUUUUUAUAUCAGAUAUAAGAAACUGUAAAAGUAAAGAAGCUGAAAUAAAAAGGAUAAAUAAAGAGUUAGCCAACAUAAGAAGCAAGUUCAAAGGAGACAAGACCCUGGAUGGAUACCAAAAGAAGAAGUAUGUAUGUAAACUUCUGUUUAUAUUUUUACUUGGUCACGACAUCGACUUUGGUCAUAUGGAGGCAGUUAAUUUACUCUCCUCCAAUAAAUACUCCGAGAAACAAAUAGGCUACCUCUUUAUAUCUGUAUUGGUCAAUACCAACAGUGAUCUCAUUAAGCUUAUUAUUCAGAGUAUUAAAAACGACUUGCAGUCUCGAAAUCCUAUUCAUGUAAAUCUUGCCCUUCAAUGUAUUGCUAACAUUGGCAGUAAAGAAAUGGCUGAAGCCUUUGGUACUGAAAUACCAAAAUUACUUGUAUCUGGUGACACCAUGGAUGUUGUGAAGCAAUCUGCUGCUCUAUGCCUACUUAGGCUUUUUCGUAAAUCACCAGAAAUUAUACCAGGGGGUGAAUGGACUUCUAGAAUUAUACAUUUAUUGAAUGAUCCACAUAUGGGUGUGGUGACUGCAGCUACAUCUUUAAUAGAUGCCCUGGUCAAGAAAAAUCCUGAUGAGUACAAAGGGUGUGUUACACUGGCCGUUGCAAGAUUGAGCAGAAUUGUAACUGCAAGUUAUACCGAUUUACAAGAUUACACAUAUUACUUUGUGCCAGCUCCAUGGCUUUCAGUGAAAUUGCUAAGGCUUCUUCAAAAUUACACACCUCCAUCUGAAGAACCUGGUGUCAGAGGAAGACUAUCAGAAUGUUUAGAAACAAUAUUUAACAAAGCACAAGAGCCUCCAAAAUCUAAGAAAGUACAACAUUCUAAUGCUAAAAAUGCUGUUCUAUUUGAAGCUAUAAGCCUAAUUAUUCAUAAUGAUAGUGAGCCAAACUUAUUAGUGCGUGCCUGUAAUCAACUUGGUCAGUUCUUAAGUAAUCGAGAAACCAAUCUACGUUAUUUGGCUCUAGAGUCCAUGUGUCACCUAGCCACUUCAGAAUUCUCUCAUGAAGCGGUCAAAAAGCAUCAAGAGGUGGUAAUUCUUUCAAUGAAAAUGGAAAAAGAUGUAUCUGUUCGUCAACAAGCGGUUGAUUUGUUAUAUGCUAUGUGUGAUAAAACAAAUGCUGAAGAGAUUGUACAAGAAAUGUUGGCAUACUUAGAGACAGCAGACUAUUCAAUAAGGGAAGAGAUGGUUCUUAAAGUUGCUAUUUUGGCAGAAAAAUAUGCUACAGAUUUUACUUGGUAUGUUGAUGUUAUUUUGAAUCUUAUAAGAAUUGCAGGAGACUAUGUGUCUGAAGAAGUAUGGUACAGAGUCAUACAGAUUGUUAUAAAUAGAGAAGAAGUUCAAGCUUAUGCAGCAAAAACAGUUUUUGAAGCUUUACAAGCACCUACAUGCCAUGAGAAUAUGGUCAAAGUGGGCGGUUACAUAUUGGGUGAAUUCGGAAAUCUAAUUGCUGGUGAUACCAGGUCCUCACCUCAAGUUCAAUUUGAGCUUCUGCAUUCGAAGUAUCAUUUAUGCUCUGCAGCUACUAGAGCUUUACUCCUAUCAACAUAUAUAAAACUGGUAAAUCUGUUUCCAGAGAUAAAAAAUAGAGUCCAAGAAGUUUUCCGUGCUGACUCCAAUUUACGUUCAGCAGAUGUUGAACUUCAGCAAAGAGCUUCAGAAUAUUUACAACUUAGUAUUGUUGCUAGUUCAGAUGUUUUAGCAACAGUUCUUGAAGAAAUGCCAGCUUUCCCAGAGAGAGAAUCAUCUAUUUUAGCGGUACUAAAAAAGAAAAAGCCUGGUCGCAUUCCUGAUGAUGUCAGGGAGUCGAAAAGCCCACAACCUUCAGCUACUCCAGCACCAAUCAUGAAUAACUCUAAUAAUACAAGUAGUGUUAGCACAGACCUCUUGGGAUUAACAACGCCUCCCGGUACUACAUCAAAUACUACAGGGAAUGGCUUAUUAGAUGUAUUGGGUGACUUAUAUACUGCCCCAAAAGUUAGUCCCACAACUGUGCAACAAAAUAACAUUAAAAAGUUCUUAUUCAAGAAUAAUGGUGUUCUGUUUGAAAAUGAUCUAAUUCAAAUUGGAGUAAAAAGUGAGUUUAGACAGAAUUUGGGAAGAAUUGGAUUGUUUUAUGGGAAUAAGACGCAGUUCCCUAUACAUAAUGUUCACCCAGAAUUGAUUUGGACAGAUUUGCACAAGCUGAAUGUGCAAAUGAAACCCAUGGAACCUGUGUUAGAGGCCGGUGCCCAAAUACAGCAAAUGCUUACUGCAGAAUGCAUUGAAGACUUUGCAGAUGCACCAAACAUGUCUGUUUCAUUUGUUUACAAUAAUGCCCCUCAAAAAAUAUCCAUGAAACUACCUUUAACUUUAAACAAAUUUUUCGAGCCCACAGAGAUGAACGGAGAGUCAUUUUUCGCAAGAUGGAAAAACUUGGGUGGGGAACAACAAAGAGCACAAAAAAUUUUUAAGGCACAAGGAUCUAUUGAUAUAACCGCAACUCGUACAAAAUUAGCCGGUUUCGGCAUGCAGCUCUUAGAUGGCAUUGACCCUAAUCCUGAUAAUUUUGUGUGUGCUGGCAUUGUUCACACUAGACUGCAGCAAGUAGGUUGCCUGAUGAGACUAGAACCAAACAAGCAAGCUCAAAUGUUUAGACUUACUGUACGAUCAAGCAAAGAGACCGUUUCUCAAGAAGUUUGUGAUCUACUGGCUGACCAAUUCUAA